AUGGAGGAGUCCAAGGAAAUAGAGGAGGAUGUGUUUUUUGCAGACUUAAGCGAGCGAAUUUCUCUUCUACUCAUGGAUGACGAUGAAGACUCGGUUGUUCAUUGUCCUUCAGUUACCCUGCAGGCCUUCUCUGAAGCAAUCCAUCCAACCAAACAACCAUCAUUUUUGUAUGAACAAAUAUACCGAAGAGAAAGCAAAGGAACUGGGGUUUUUAUCCCCUGUUCGUCCCAUCCGAGAAGGAAGAACAGACGAGGAAGAUUCGCUUCAUCCAACACAAAGUUCCACAGACACUCUAAUAGUUCAAGAGGGCUUCCUCACACACCUUGCAAUAAUAACCCUACCCCAUCUGCUAGUUCUUUAAACCCUAAAAGCUGUUAA